AUGCUCUUAAGUAAAUUCAAUUACUUAGAAAAAAAUCUAAACGCUGUCAAAUUGUAUGAAAAUCGAAUCAAAGAUGAUCCAGACUACGCUUCCUCUUACAUUUCACAAGGCAACGCUUUUUAUAAUUUAAAAAGAUAUCUUGAAGCAAUCGAAUGCUAUAGCGAAGUAAUCAAACGAGAUCCAAACAUAGAUAUCUACUACGAUAAAAAAGGCAACGCUUUUUAUAAUCUCAAGAAGCAAUCGAAUGCUAUGACGAAGCAAUCAAACUCGAACCAAACAAAGCUGAUUUUUACUUAUAUAUUUUAA